AUGCUGAGACAAAUGCAGCUGCAUCAAGGCGGCCACCUGUUGCGCAUGGACGACGAGCGACUACCCAAACGACUCUUCUACGGAGACGUCGCCACGGGCUCUCGCCGCCAAGGAGGCCAAAUUCGUCGAUACAAGGAUACUCUGAAGUCCUCCCUGAAGCAUCUGCAAAUUAACCCGACCAACUCAGAAGAGCUCGCCCUCGACCGACCGACCUGGAGGAGGAAAGUGAAGACAGGCGCUGCGAUCUAUGAGGCCAACCGAAUAGCCGCUGCCAAAGUGAAACGCGACGCACGCAAAUCACAGCCACGCCCCGUCCGCAACGCCGACGCACAACCGGUUCCAACGUGUCCUCGGUGUCAGCGGACAUUCCAGGCACGAAUUGGACUCAUUGGACACCUUCGGACCAACUGCACCUCCCAUACCGCACCAACCGCCGUCCCUCCGCCCGUCUCUUCCUCGUCCUCUCCGCCGCCAACUAACUCUGACAAUUCUUCUGAACCACCACUUCCGUCCUCCCCCCCUUCCUCCUCCUCCUCCUUGUCCCCAUCCUCCUCCUCCUCCUCCUCCUCCUCCUCCUCUUCUUCUUCUUCCUCCCCCUCCUCCUCUUCCCCCGCCUCUUCCUCCUCCUGCCCCACUGCAUCAACCACGGCCGCUCUGGUGGCCGUCACUCACACCAGCAUCACACACAUCCAUGACGCAACAACAGACACCAUCCCUCCAACCUCCGACUCCAGGGGUGAGGACCAGGACUACACCUGCCCUCACUGCGACCGCACCUUCACCUCACAUACCGGCCUAGUCAGUCACUUGCGAAUCCAUCGCACAGAGACUGGCGAACCAGUGCCAGGAGCACCAACCUACACCCACCGCACUCGCCUCCACUGCCCACACUGCCCUCGCACCUUCACGCAUCGCAUGGGCCUAUUCGGCCACAUGCGCAUCCAAAAAAGCGGAAUUGACCGCCCUCCCGACUCACCCACCACGCCAAACCCCAUCCCCACUUCAUCACCCAUCACCGUCAUCGCAACUGACACCGACACCACCGACUUCGCCUGCCAACACUGUCCACGCGCAUUCACCUCUCGCCUAGGCCUGGUCGGUCACUUGCGAAUUCAUCGCACGGAGACUGGCAAACCAACCUGGAGCACCAACCUAUAUCCACCAAGCUCACCUUCACUGCCCACACUGCCCUCGCACUUUCACGCAUCGCAUGGGCCUACUCGGCCACAUGCGCAUCCACGACGGCCUGCAGUAGACAACCGCCGACUACAUCACACCACAACACCCUCCCUCCCUGCCUCCUCCUCCACCACCACCACCACCACCACCACCACACAUCAGCACUCACACACCGCAAGCACCCAACUGCCAUCUCCCGCGCAAGUGGGAAGUGUCCAUCUCCACUCGGUCCCCAUGCGGCUUCGGCUGCACGGGUGA